UCAGAACCUUGAUUUUGAAUGACUGCAGAAGCAGGAGCAAUCCGAUGAGCUGUGAAGCUCUUUUGCCGUCAACUCUAAACCACUUUUAUUAUUUCGCCAGGUGUAAGGUCCCCUCACUGAGCUGCUGUGUAGCUUUUUGUUCCAGACAAAGCGACCUGCCAUCACCACAAUGAUGGCAUGUCAACCAAGAGGCUGCUGAUAUCAUCAUCACCAUCAUCACGUGGACAUUUGAACCUCAUGGCGGGACCCCGCGGGGAUCCCGAAUGAACGUAAGUCAAAAUCGUCAUUAAUUUAUUGUUGGCGACUCCGUCCCACCGCGCACAUAAACGCCGCGACCCACCCGGCGCGGAUCAUUCUGUUGUCAUGUCGUCCAAGCGCAGCGAGAACAAAAGGGCAGCAGAGCUGAACAAGCGAAUGCACUCCAUGCUCGGGUAUGGGCAGGAUCAUUGGCAAUCCCUGCCCGCGUCCACCUUUGGCAAAUCGCUGGCCGUUCUCGAGGACUUCCGGAAGACAUUCGGCGGCAAUUUCGUCGCGAGUCGGUGGAUGGAGCGCAUCAUUGAGUACGUCAGCCUUUCCAGCGGCACGUUCCCAGCGUCGACGGCUACGGCCUCGUGCCAGACAUCAUCGGCAACGACGGCGCCAUCAUCUGCUACGUCGACAGCACUUUCGUCCUCACAAUUGUCAACUCUGUCCAGCAGCGAAAGCGGUCCUCGGGUGGGCGGCAGUGGUGGAUCGCAGCAAAACGUCCCGCAUCGUCAAGUUCGUGAACGUUGCAAUCGCAAGGACACUGCAAUGGCCCGUGCCAUCAGCAUUCUCGGUGAUGACGCUGUUCGCAAAAUUCGGGACGAUUGGCAGUCGAUGGAGACCGACCGGAGCGGAUCUGAGUGGCAACAGUCGGAGAGGAUUGUCCUGCAGAUGCUUCAGCAGGGCCUGUCGGAGAGGGUGAUUCGUGCGAUCAUCCCAGUCGGCGGUUCCAGGAUCCAUCGAUUGCGGAAAGUCCUCGAGAAUGGCAUCGAAACGCUGCAUACGCGACGCCCGCCAAAAGUUCCACAUCACGCCCUUGCUGAUGAUGAUCUCGACGCCAUCAAGGAGAAUGCCAACACGUGGGAGAUCGAGGACGACUUUCCCUGCUCUCAUCGUCGGCCUCGACAGUACUUUGUUGAGCCCAACAUCACCUGGUCCGAGCUUUAUCGCCGAUACAAGGCCAAGUUGGAUGCAGUCAAGGGGUGUCGAGUCGUGUCGUAUUCGCGAUGGAUUCAAUACGUUCACAUGUUCUAUCCUGAACUGCGCUUGACGCGCACCACGGAAGACGUUUGCGACUGCUGCGUUCGCCUCGACGUCCGGCUCGCGUGCGAGGAUCUUCCAGCAGAUGAGCGCAAGCGCCUACUGGAGGAGAAGAAUUUGCAUCUCGAUGCGGCCAUCGACCAGCGCCGGACGGUGUCCACUUUCGUCAAGGAGUACAUCAAGCAGCACGCUCCUGAUCAGAACAUCCCCGUCACCGUCAUUCCGGACCACUACGACGACGCCGAACCCGACGUCGAUUCUGCUCACGAAUCGAGUCACCUGCCGACGAUUCAGAUUCAGAUUGAGGAAUUUGGCGGUAGCUUCGCCAUGCCACACUAUGGUCACAUGCGGCCGUCCGCCGAUUACUUUGAUUCAAACCUGAUCUUGCAGAAUUUCGUGCUGGCGGAUAUCACGAGCGGUAUCAACAAUGUGAUUUUCUACGACGAGCGCGCCCAAGGAAAGGAUGCGGACGCAUUGUGUAGUCUCCGCUUCGGGUACCACAUGCGGCUGCUCGCCAAGAACCCGGGCGCGAUGUCCAAGACCCUGGUGGUGAUUCUGGACAACUGUGUUGGCCAGAACAAGUCUCAAGUCGUGUUCAUGUUCUUUGCGUUGCUGUCGCUCUUGUUCUACCGCAAAGUCGUUCUGUUGUACCUCAUGCCGGGGCACUCGCACAACCAAGCCGAUCGAGUUGUUACAUGGUGUCGCAAUUCGAUGAAGGGCAAGAACUUCUACACGCCGUCGGAUAUCGUCGAUACUGUCAACCUGAUCAACAGCGUCGAGGCGACGUUCAUCGAUCAUCAGGAUGCCCAACGCCCUUUUUACACGGGCUGGGAGAGUCUUUUGAAGAAGCACUUCAAGUCGAUGCCGCCCCGAUACACUUCCAACUACUUCUUUGAGGUCGAUAAAGGAGUGCUCAGCAUGAGACACCUGAGCUCGACUCCGGACAACGAGGUCACCUGCGUCCCGCUGAUCAUGCCGGAGAACAUCGAUCUCGUUCGGCGAUCCAUUCUACAGGAUCUUUUUGGCACCAAUGUCAACACGAUUGAGGAGGGGACGUUCGAGUCGAUCCGAUUGCCGACGGCUCCUGUCAGCAGCUUAUCAAACAAGAAGCUGGCCUCGCUAUCAAAGAAGUACUUCUCGAUUCCACCAGAACACCUGCCGUACUAUCCAGCUGUCCCGAUCGAGAUCAGCUCGCAGAUCGAUGACCAUCCGAUGACUGAAGGAGGCCCCACUCGUGCGACGAAACGAAAGCGUUCCGCCAUUGACGCGAUGGUGGAGCCAGCCGCUGAGGUCGGUCUGGCAGCCAAGCCGAAAUUAUCUAAACCUAGUCUGUUGACAGACUGUCAGGGCAAGUGACAAUUUAUACUGUGGCUGGAGUAGGAAAUCUGAAACGCUAUAAAGCUCUUUGUUUAGAGAUUUUCCAGUAGGAGGCACACGGGGUCAGAACGUUGCAACAACAAUACAAGACGCAAAACAACACCGAUAGGAGUACAAAGCCAUAGGAAGGGUAAACAAAACACUUUAAAUAUAUUUACACAAUUAAAACGACAACUAUUUGUAACUACAGCAUUCCCUCCCAUCCAUUCUUUGGACGUCAUAGAGGAAUCAAUUCAUCUGUAAAAUUUCAGGGUGGCGAUUCCCAUACUCUUUGGUUUUUCGAUAAAGUCACGUACAGUAGAACCUCUGGUCAUGACCAUAAUUCGUUCCAUAACUUUGGUCGCAACCCGAUUUGGUCGUGACUCGAACCUAAUUUCCCCAUUUGAUUAUAUGUAAAUAUGAUUAAUCCAUUCCAGACUCCUAUGAACUGUAUAUAAAUAUUGUUUUUAAAAAGAUUUUUAAGCACAAAAAUAGUUAAUUAUGCCAUAGAAUUCACAGUGUAAUAGUAAACUGAAUGUAAAAGCAUUGGAUAACACUGAGAAAACCUUGAACAACACAGAAAACUAACAUUGCCGCGUCAAGGUUUAGAAUCGUUCAACAAGAUGAUUGUUUUGUCUGCUACAUCAGUCGGUCGAUUCUGAGAGAGAGAAUUUUCGUAUGAGCAAUUCAAUAAUAAUUUCCUUCUUCACUUCGAUUUCAAUUUUCUUUAAAACCUUCUCACCAACAUUACCACUCUUCACUUGAUUAGAGGACAUGGCUAAUUGCUAAAUUAAUGCAAAAAUACACAAAAUACUGCACAGAGUUCACAGCGAAUGAGUGCAUGUCUGACCGAGACCGAUUAAUAAGCGAGACUGACUGAGCAAGCGGCCACACGUGGGUCGCUGUUGUUUGUAAACAAACAGGAAAUUUGGCGCUUACAAAAAAAUGGCGCAGAAGGGAAAAUCGGCCGCGGCCGUGUUUGAUCGCCACCCGAGUAUGUGUUCGUGACCAGAUUAAAAAAUGUUGUGAAUUUUUUGGUCGGAACCCGAUUUGGUCGUGGUCAGAAGCGUUCGUGACCAGAGGUUCUACUGUUGGUGAAAACAAAAUCAAAUCGAAUAAAAAAUAAAACAACUAAAUUAAAUCACGACGUUUCGGAAGCAACACAAGCAUCUGUCAUCAGGUGUAACCGCUCCAGCAAAAUGACUGUAGCGUAUGAAGAGAGCUAUUUAGAGACACGUGUUUAU